UUGCGUGGAAAUAGGAUUUACUCUACAUUAUUGCUUGAAGCGCAAGGUGCGGAAGGAGGCAAAAUACAUAUCAGACUUCCAUAUGCUGACGUGUAGCCCUUCCGGAAUACUCCACACUCCAUAUCAAAAAUCUCUCCAGAACCUUCUCUUUCUGCUCACACUUUCGCCCCUCCUAUAAAUAGGCUUACCCUUCCCACCUUGUUGUCUUCAUCAGUCAAGAAAUUUCGUGUUCUACAAGUUUCGCUCAUACUCAUCAAUGGCUUUCUCUCUGGUUCUCAAGAGACUUGCUUCCUCAAAUCUUCUUCCCGGGUCUCUAAGUCGUACUAUCACUCCAACUGCCGCCUCAGCCUCUCGCUUUUUCAACACCAAUACUGUUCGUCAAUACGAUAACGAGUCAGACGACCGUGACCUUGAUGUUGACCACCGUUCUGCUCGUCGACGUCGCCAUUUCUUCUCCGAUGUGUUUGGCCGGUUAUCUCCAACAAGGAGCGUGAGCCAGAUGUUAAACUUGAUGGACCAAAUGACAGAGAAUCCGUUCUUUGCGGGGACACUAGACGGGAUACGCAGAGGCUGGGAUGCGAAAGAAGACGAAAAUGCCCUGAUUCUCCGGAUCGACAUGCCGGGGCUAGGAAAGGAAGAUGUGAAGGUGUCAGUGGAACAGAACACUCUGGUGAUCAAAGAAGAAAGAGCGAAAGAAGCUGAUGAUGAAGAGAGCGUUCGGAGGUACACGAGUAGAAUUGUCUUACCUGAGAUAUGCAAGACCAGCGAGAUCAAGGCGGAGAUGAAAAACGGUGUAUUGAAGGUGGCGGUGCCCAAGGUUAAGGAAGAGGGGAGGAGUGAUGUGUUUCAUGUCAACGUUGAGUGAAACGCUAGAGGUUUUAGUUAGUGAUUUGUUGCUGAGUGAGUUUCAUCUUCUCAGAAAGUAUAAAGAGGCUUCUGGUUUCGGUUAUCUGAUUUUGAUUUUUUUGGUUUCGGUAUAAAAAUAUCAAAAUCAGAUAACUGAGGCUGGAAACCUCUUUAUACCAUCUGAGAAAGCGUUAAUUUUCUGCAAGUUAAGUUUUAUUGUUUUGUAUUCUUCAUUAAUUAUUUCGCAAGUUUAGUCGUAAUAUAAUCAUGGAGAUUGCGCUGAUCCGAAAAA